AUGGAGAGCCCGGCGGUGACCUUCACGCUGGCCUACCUGGUGUUCGCCGUCUGCUUCGUCUUCCCGCCCGACGAGGUGCGCUCGGCGGGGCUGACGGUGCAGAGCCUGAUGGCCGCCUGGCUGGGCAGCGAGGACGCGGCCUUCGUGCAGUACCACCUGCGGCGCAGCACCGGCACGCUGCUGGCGCACUCCCUCCUGCCCCUGGGUUAUUACCUUGGUAUGUGCUUUGCUGCACCCGAAAAACAUCUUUGCUUUUUCUACCUGGCUUCAAAAGGAUGGAAAACUUUCUUUUUCUUCGCUGUUCUCUUUCCAGCAGUCACCAGUGUUCUGGCAUAUUACUGGUCACGGAAAGGUUGGAAUAAUCAUCCAUUAGCCCGAACACUUGCUGUUCAUGCUCUCCCGCAGUCGGGUUGGAGGGCAGUAGCUUCUUCCAUCAAUACAGAAUUUAGGAGAAUCGACAAAUUUGCUACCGGAGCCCCAGGAGCAAGGGUGAUUGUUACGGACACAUGGGUCAUUAAAGUGACCACCUACUGUUUACACGUUGCCCAGCAGCAGGACAUUCAUUUGACGGUGAUAGACUCCAGACAGCAUGAACUCACCCCAGACUCAAAUAUGCCUGUGCAGUUCCUCACCAUCCGUGUUGCCAGUAUUAAUCCCUACGUGAAGGCAUUUGAUAUCCGGUUGAACUCCACAGAGUAUGGGGAGCUCCGGGAAAAGCUCCGUGCUCCCAUCAGCAAUGCAGCUAAUGUUGUGAUCCAUCAAAGCCUUAGUGAUUUAUUUCUAGAAACCUUUACAUCUCUGGUGGAGAUUAACCAGGCAUAUCCUGUUCCAAGCACUCAGGAGCUGGAGCCAUGCAUAGGGUGUAUGCAGACCAUCGCUAACAUCAAGCUCAUCAAGAACUGCCAGGAGCCAAACGAAGGGGAAUGCCAGCAAUGCUACUGUCGUCCCAUGUGGUGCCUCACCUGCAUGGGCAAAUGGUUUGCCAGCCGACAGGAUCAGCAGCACCCAGAGACCUGGCUGUCGAGCCAAGUGCCUUGUCCGACUUGCCGAGCCAAAUUUUGCAUUUUAGAUGUUUGCAUAAUACGAUGAAUAAUACUUGGGUAUGUUUUAACUUUUUAAAUUUGAAUGUAUUUCAUAGUGGGUUUGGUUAAAAGGUCUGUUAGAUUUGUUUCUGAGACUUCAUGUUCUACAGGGGUGCAAACUCCAAAGCUUUCUUUUAGUGUUGAAAACAGAUGUAAAUCUUUUCAGUUCCUCUCCACUUUUACCUGUAUCUUUGGGUUUUAUUCACCAGAUGUCAGUUUCUGGAAUUGUUAUUUUUUUUUUAACCCAUAAUUUUUCUUUCUUAUGUCUUGGAUGGAAUAAGGGUAUCCCUCUAUAUUUGCAGUACUAGUCUCUUUUCAAAUUUUAACGUAGGUUAAAUUCUUUAGCUUUUUAAAUUUAACUUGGGUUUUGAUUCUUUAGUAAAGGGCUAACUGAGAAAAUUACGUUGGUUAGACUUCAUUGAUACUUUUGUUCUUCUUUAAUCCAUUUGUAAAGUUCUUAUUAAUCUUUGCAGGUGUUCACUGAACAAGUAUACCACUUGUGUUCCUUCUGCUGGUCCCCUCCACUCAUAAAGGGGAUCGGUUUCUGUAGGCUAAGGAAUUUAAUCCCUGAAGAUGUACAACUCCCAUAGGGACCUUUUAUUCCAUUAAUCUGCCUCUAGCUUAUUUUUUCAUGGAUGUAUUUAUUUCAAACAACAGAAGGAUUCAGAAACAUACCCCAUUUACCUCCACUGCUAAUGCUAUGCAUCGUUAAAUCUGUUGGUUUCCAGGAGCUACAUUGCUUAGGGUUUUGAUGCUCUUUAGGUGAUGGACUUUUUUUUAUAGAUUUGAAGGGAGCGCAGCAAACGUCUGAACUGUCUAAAUGUUCUGAAAGAAUGCUCAGCUAUUUCAAAGCCUGUAAGCUUUUUCUGAGGGGUAACCUUUCCCCUGAAAGAGAUGCCAGGAUCACAAAGGUCUAAGUUUUGCCAUGCUAGACGCCCGAAGAAUGACCAUCAUUAACGGAAGUUUUUCAGGCUUGCAAUUCAAAGACUGAUCAUAAGCAGUAGUCGCUGUUUUAAUAUUCAUAGGGUACUGAUGCACACUUCUUGAUCUGAUCUGCAUCAGAAUUAUUUGUAAAUUGAAAUCAAAGCAUUUUCCAUACAUUUAAGAGAGCCCUACUCCUAGACCUAAAUGCAGUGCUUAGUGUUCUAGCUGUCCAUCACACCCUUCAAUGAACAGUUAUUUGGCACACUGCUUGGUGGAAAGCCUCAAGCUGCUGGAGAAUGUGUGAGCUCUUACGCUGCCCUGUGCACUGCAGGGGCUGUGAUGCAAGUGUUUGCUUGCUUGGGUUGUCCAUCUUAGAGGGGUAGUAACCUCAGGCAGGCAAGUGGGUCAAAUAGCGAGAGAAAGGAAUAUUUUAAUGCUUUGGUCUAGGAGAAUAAAAGCCCUAAUACCUCGCACCUGUAUCAUCAGAAGGAUCUUACCAGUAAAUCACUAGCAUAGAUGACAUGCCAGUGAUUACAUGAAAACGUCUUGAUUACCAUGACAGGCAACUGCUUUGAGCAGGAGUCGGCGGCAGGAUGUUAAAAACGGUACAAGUACUGGAAGCACAACCAUGAAAGAUUUCAUUAGAGUCUCAGCCUGGCUACAGGUUACGUGGUGAAUGCACCGAACUGCACUUAGAGCCAGCCAGCCAGGAAAUGGUUACCAGUGUGGCUGCAAGCCGUAUUUUGGAGAGGGAUAAGGAAUUGAGAAGAGAUUUGACAGCAUCAUUUGAGAACUAACAUAUAUGUUCUAUUGUUGGUGUUGGGUUUUUUGUUUGGGUUUUUUUUAAUAAUAUGCACUUACAAAAGGCCAAACUGUUUGGGUUUAAGGACAGUAAUUGCUUGAGCAUAUCUCAGUUGUUCCAUAUACAGCAUCUACUAUGCAAUUAUUUAUACUCCCUAUUAAUAAGGGUAAUUUUUCUGUUUUUCAUUACCUGUUGUUUUGGAUUGUAUAGAGUGAAAAUUUGACACUGAGACUGGUAGUAUGGAUUUGUCUCUCUUUCCCAAAGAGAUCUUAAGUUGCAUGUCCCUUUUCAUCUGAACAGGAUUAAAUGGAGUUCCUGAGUUUCAGACAGAUUUGUUGACAAGUCUGAAAAUUAAUAAAAAAUCAAGGAGCUGAUCAGUGAUAGAAUUUAAAAUAUUUUCCAGUACUUCUGUGGGAAAGUUAUUUGGAAGUUUGAAAUAGUCUCUGCAGGAUUUUUUAACCUUUGGAAGAUUCUUACACGGCCGAGUGGUGUCAUCUGACACCUCCUCACGACACAGUAGCCUUUACAAAUAAGCAUUUUGUACCAUUUACUUCUGGAAAGUUUACAUAAUGUGGCACAGAUACAAGGGAUGUGGUCCUUGAAAUAGUUGCAGAAGAGAGGGUAGGAUUUUGGAGUUGUGGUUUUGCUGCUGACAGUCAUUCAAUUCCUACAGCUCUUUUCCUGUUUGGAAUAAAAAUAUUUAUUGUAGAGAUGUGUGAAGUUAAAAUCGUAAAGGCCUUGAGAAACUUAGAUAAUAGACAUGUAGUUGCAGAUGGUUUUAUACAAGAAAAACAGGUCAGUUGCCAAUAGUAUCUCAUGUAAUAAGAGCUUUAGUCUCCUAAUUGCUUGUGCAGUGGAGUUGUUCUUUACAGAAAUCUACUUUGAAUUGAUAGGAAGUUUUCAUUUCAGUGGAACUUUGCUUUUAUUCAUCUUACUUCUUUUGCCAAUAUAACAGUACGACAAAGUAACAGUCAUAAAUGUCUAAUACUCUUGCAUCUUUUAAUGGUAGUGCUCUAUCCACAGAAGUGCCUCUUAGAAAACUUAGUAAUAAUAACCAAAAUGAAAUUAUGAUUUAUGUUAAUAAUAGUGCCUGGCUUAAAUUCUUUAAAACAAGCAUUUUUGUCCAAGUUUAUAUUCUCAAAGUAAUCUGGCAUGCCUGCAACGUUUGUAAGCUUCUUAAAGGCUGUGUUAGAGAACCAACUUGUUAAAAAUCCAUAUGAUGUAUUCUUCCUAGAGACAGCAAAAGGAGAAACCAUGACCUCUCCCUGCACAGUCAAGUGAUAUCUUAUUUGUCUUGAAUAAACCACUGAACAUGAAAAUUAUAGAGUACAAAAAUAGGCAUUUGUGUUCGUGAUAGCUUCAGGUCAUCAUCUGAAGAACCACAUGCAUGUAUAGGGCUGUUUCUAGAGAAGAUCUCUCUGUGUUUGCAGUAAAAAGAAAUACAUUGCCUCCCACCCAAUCCUAAUACAUUUCUUAAACAUAAGGAUAGGGUUUAGAAUUGGUCUUUUUACAGCACUUUUCUAAGAAAAAAAUGAAGCAAGUAAUGUGAUGGGCUAAAAUAUUUACUUAAAGAAUUUUCAUGAAUUAUUAGUGAUUUAGUGUUGCUUUUUCAGCUGUGUGUAUGCUUUUCCACAUCACUGACUUUCGGGUAGGCAAUGUUAGUAAUCUGAAGUACGUUAUAUAAAUGUAAUGUCAUUACAAUAAGACAAUCUAUAUGUGGGUGCACGGUGUCAGUAUAAAUACCCCGUGUGUGUGUAUACAUAUAUAACCCAAAUUUCCUUUUGUGCUGCAGCUGAACAGGUGUUUCUGAAAACAUGGGCUGUGGCUAUAUUAUUUAUUUCCACAGUUGUGUUACUUCUGUAAUUGUAGCAUUCCAGAAAAUAUUGGCAAAAUAUGUUAUCUGUUGAUUUUUUAGGUUAACAUAGUUUGCUAACCCAAAAAAAGGCAUUUUGUCCAAGCAGGGUAUAUUUUGAAUCCAUGAUAUGAAUGCAGUUGUUUACCAUGAGGCUUGCUGUAACUUCAAACCAAAAUACCAGGUUAUUAUGUGAUCUCUUCAGUAUGAGUAUUUUUAUUGUCUUGAAACUUGGCAGACUGCAGGUAUGUACCAUUCCAGUCAGGCUAAACCUCAGUAAGACAUAACUGACUAAAGUUCUGAGUGCCAUUUCUUAAGAAAUGUUGACUUUGAGAUGUUUAAGGAGUUGAGAUAUAAAUAUUCAAGCUCUUACAUGCAUUACAAGACAUUUUCUUCCAAAGAUAUACUGCAGGGUUUGUUAUUUGUGGUUGGUUUGUUUUUUUUUUUACCUAGAUAGUGUACAUAUUUUAAAAUGGACAGUAUUAUUUGGAUAGCCUUUAAGGAAAAGGCUUAAUGAAUACAUGUAGUUAAUCUUAAAACUCUCUGAAGAGCUGAAUAAAAAUACAAUUG